UUCUUUUAAUGUAAAAAAAUAUUUAAAGGUGGCCAUGUUGACAACAGCUGUUGCUGCAAUGCGAAUUCAAUAUGGCAGCUGUUGUGAAGUAAGAGUUUGUUGUGUUCAUGACAUUUGAACUGACUUUUAUUAUAAGCAGGCAAUAUUACUCCUGUUGUAAAUUAUAAAGAUGUCAGACGGUAAUUAUGAGUAUGAACUAAUGAGGUCCGAACUAUUGGGACUACCGCCACCGGAGAAAAAGCCACUCCCACCUGCAUCACAAAAUGAAGAAGAUAUGCUUUCAAGCGACGUUGAUGAUGACAGUGUAGAAAGGAAUGAGGAUAUUCAUCUGGAGGGUGAACAGAUGGGAAGGGUUUCAGGAGGCUUAGAUGAACUAAAUAGUAUUCUCAGCAUGACGCAAAAGAAGAUUAACAGAUUUAAGUCAGUUUGCGGAAGCUUCACAAAUCUCCUGAAGUUGAGGGUGAGUAGUAAACAAGAUGGGACAACAAGCGAUAGUAGCAGUCGGACAUCCGAAGCAGACUGUGCUCUGCCAACUGGGGAAGUUCAUGAGAAUUCUGAUUCAGGUACAGAUUCUACUGAGAGCAAGGCAACUUUGGCAGCCAAGAAGACAACACAACAGAAUCUAGAUCUUGAAGGGAAUUUGGGCUCACAAAUUGACAAGCUCGACACAAUGCUGAUGAAGGCAGAACAGGCCGAACUGAGCAUGUCGAAACAGAACAAGGAAAUGAGGAUCUUUCUCAAAAAGUAGGCAGCCUGUGUGUAACCCACAUGUAUAGAUUCUUGCGUCUUUAUUCCCUUUGCCUCUGUAUAACAGGCUUGUUACAGAGGCUUUUCUAAGGACACAAGGCCACAGCCACUGUUUGUCUUGUUAGCACAUCUUUAGUUUUUCAUGAUAGAGCCAUAUUAUAGUUGUGUAUAUGUUGGUUAUUUUCAAAGUGACCUUAUUGAUGGCCUAGGUCACUGUACUCAGUUCAGAUGUCUUACCAGAAAUUAAAAUAUAAUUUGAACUCUGUUGUGUUCUGACAUGUUGAAGUAAAAGGUGAAAUUGUUUAAAUCUGUUUUUGCUGCCCAUGCACCGUGCACAAUAUUAUGAACCUGUGCUAAGUGUAAUUGUGUAAGCUUAAUUGCUGUUUUAAACACCAUUAAAUUCAGUUGAAAUGUGUUUUAGCCAAUAAACUAAUUAUGUAUCUGUCAGCACUUA